AUGUUCCCUCGCCAUCUCGGAUGGUGUGCGCCCUUCCGAAUUCCGCUCCCUGUCAUACCCGUUUCUGGGUGCGACCUUUCACCUCCCGCACGCCAUGGCCACUUCCGUGCAUGGCGAUCCGUCGUUCACUCUCACUGCCUCCGACCCGCCCCCACCCCUGCCCGGCCUUCCCUUGCGCCAUGCGUCAUAUUUAUACCCCCUCACGCCCCCCUCGUUUCUCGCCUUUCCUUCGUCUUCUCUCACUCCCCCCCAGUCACCAUGGCAACGCCUCACAACCCUGACGAUGACAUGACUCUCGUGGAUGAGGACCUCCACCUCGACGGUGAGGAUCUCCACCUCGAGGAGCUCCCCAAUGUUAACCUCCCCGAGCUCCCCACAGGCGACGACGCCCCGGCUGCCAAAAAGUCCUGCUUCGAAUGCCCUUCUUCCAUGCCUGGCUCCUUGGCGUCGUCAUCUGGCAUCCCCACGCCCACGGCAUCUGACUAUGCUGCCCCCCAUCCAGGCCCCUCUGCUGCCCCCACCCCUCUCUCCGCCAGCGCCCUUGCUGCCCCGACGGCUGGCGUCCCUCUGGGGGCCGUCAACCUUCAUACGGCCCCGCCCUCCGACGCGGCGCCCCUCCGCAACCUCCGCCGCCCGAGGCCCGGGGCCUCUGGCCUGAUAAUGCCUCGUCGCCGCCUCGCGGUGGUCACCCUCCUGAUGACUGAAGCAGGGGCGGAAACUAUCCGCGCGGACCUCAUCGCGCGCAUCUCCUCUAUGCUGAAGCCGCACUUCUUCCGCUGCGGUUCCGUUCCGGAGUUCGAAGCUGCCUUUGGCGACCUCCUCCACAUCCCGCGCCGCUCGUACGCACGGCUCUCCUUCACCUGGCCUUCGGAGGAAAACGCCGAGGAUUUCAAACGCAUUUUUCCCCGCCCUAUCUCUCUCAACUCCUCACGCUCUGUGCUUUUGAAGGUCUUCGAGGACCGCUUCCCGGACUUCACGGCAGCCAAGGCUGCAAGGGCUGCUACUCUUUCACUCAGGAAUGUCCCCCCGGGAUACACCCCUGACGACACUCGCGACUUUGUGCUUCACCAGGAUGACUCCGAUCCCGCUCUGCUCAACAUCUCCUCUCACAAGUGCGGACUCUGUGGGCAUAACCAUCGCGACGGUGACCACGAGAUCUUCCCCAUCAAGCGCAAGCAGCGCCUGAACAACAAGGUUCAAAUUUCCGUUGCACAACUGCAACAAACGAAUGGCCAAAUCCUUGGGGCACGCCCUGCCCCCACUGUCUUCCGCAAGGACCCGGGCCUUCUCUUCAUUGGGAUCGACAGAUACGUUGAGCCGUGUAUUUGCGCCCUCUGCAACUUUGUCUGCGGUCCCGCGCUGGACUCGGCAAUGGCCCACUUGGCUUCCGAGCCUCAUGCUACCAACCUUCGCGCUGCUGCGAAGGGUCCGGCUGUGAAGGAAAAAUACAGCAACUGGAGGGCUCUUACCUUCACCGCACUCCCCCGGAUUGCUACCUUUCUUGCGCAGCAGAACUGA